AUGAAUUCAAAUGAUACAGCAGCUGCAAUAACAUCCAACACUCUAGAGAAUUUGUAUCAUCACAUCAAUAAACAUCAACAUUUCCACAGUGAUUGCCUACUUUCUGUAAUCAGAGGACUUAGAAAUGGUAUAUUAACAGGUGUCAGAAUUAGAAUACCCUAUAUAUUUCAAGCGGUUAUCUAUGCCGCUAUUUUUAGAGAUGCAAAAAUUAAUAUUAAUAAUAAUAAUACUUAUAUAUUCAAAAUUAUAAAUAUUUUAUCAAUCUUUAGAUUAUUAUCACGUGUAAAAUUUGUAGUUAAACAAAUGUUUUUCCAUGGUAGAAAUCUUGGAAUGUUUGUCGGUAUCUACAAAUUGAUAUGUUGUGUGUUUAGAAAAUUCGGAAUUAAAGGUGGUGUUGAAUCUCUGAUUGCUGGUUUCGUCGGUGGUUACUAUGCAUUCGGUGAGAGCAAAGGCACCAGUGGCAGUGUCAACAAUCAGAUCGUACUCUAUUUAUUUGCUCGUGCACUGAUCGGUUUCAUUCAGAGUGGUGUCAAGAGAAAGAUCAUUCCAGAAUCACUAUCUACCACCACACCAACAGGUUUCAGAAUAUUCGCUGGUGUAACACUUGCAUUAAUAUUAUAUUUAACAGAAUAUGAACCAGAUACUUUGAAUUCAUCGUUCAUGGGAACAAUGACAUAUCUCUAUCACAAAUCCGACUCUGGACCAAUGUUACACAAUGAUGACAAGAAGUUUUCACCAAUUAUAUUUGUAGUACUAUUUAUUAAUAAUAAUAAUAAUAGAUUAAUAGAGAAAAAAGAUAGAUAG